UAAAUGUCAAAUUUAUAAUAUGUCGGUACGUUAUUUAUCAAAAACAUUUAAAUUGAUAACUACUAGUUUAACUAGAGGAACUUUUACGACAAACGUAGGGGCUCGGAAUGUUUCUAAUAUUAUAAAUAAUUUUGAUAAAAAUGACGGUUUGGGUGCGGAAGAAAAACCAAAAAAAAAGAAAACAGCUAUCAUACCCAAAAUAACUUUAAUCCAAGACCAACAGUUAUCAGUUACUACUCUCGAAGAAGCCCAAAGAUUAUCAAAACGAAGAAAUCUCAAGUUGGUAAAAAUAAUCGAUCUUGAUACAAAAACUCAGAGGCCCAUAUAUAAAUUGAUGACAGGUAGCGAGUACCACGCUGAAGAUUUAAAACAACGUGCGAUUAAAAAAGAAGAAAAACAAAAUGCCGUGAAAGCAGAAAAAGUGUUGAUAAUAAACCAUAAUAUCUACGAACACGAUUUACAAGUUCACCUUAAAAAGAUAAAUAAAUGGAUCGAUAAACUUCACGAGGUUCGUGUAGUUAUCAACGGGGAUAGUAACAACAUGGAGAAAGCUGAAUCAGUUUAUGCUAAUAUCGAAAAAGCUCUGAGUACAGGAAAUUCUAGGAUUUUACAGAAAAGAACGAAAGGUUCGGAUAUUAAGUUUCAAAUAUUACCUCCUAAGAAAAACAAAGACGACAAUUUAUGACUAAAUAAAGUUACUGUUGCUGGUAUAUUGAGUUUUAUAAUUAUUAUCAAAUAUUAUUUGUAUUAUAAAUAUUUUAGAAAUAAAAAAAAAAUGUAAUUCUA